AUGGGGCAAACAAAGGAACGAAAAUCUGAAGACGGCCAAGAGCCAAAGGAAAGGAAAUCCAGGAGAAGCAGUAAUGAGGCUCGCCAGUUUAUGCAGGAGAAGGCUGAAUCAGACAAGGCAUUCCGAGAAGAAGAGCUAAAGAUAAGGAAAAAAGAAGAAGAAACCAAAGCUGCUCAAUUCCAAGCAAUGUUCACCCAGCAGCAAUCCUUCUUGCAAGCAAUGACCCAACAGGAGGCUCAACAGCAGCAACAGAAUCAACACAUGCAUGCAGAUGUUAAUGGCACAGCAAAGUCAGGCAGUGAUGUCUGUUUUGGAAAAACUCUUGUUAAAAGA